GUCAGGAGUGUUGUUAUCAGUGUAAUAAGUCUUGCUCCGAGAUAAUAUGUGCUGUAUUCGUGGCAAAACAACCUUCGUGUUUAGUAGCUAUUAGUUGACACGAGUUCGUAAACGUUUCUGCAAAGUCUCUUAUUGCCAGAUAAUGGCAUCAUAGCGGAUAAGAGUCGUAGACAUUCGGUCACGGUAACAGAAUGCUAGAACCAAUAAUUUUAGUACACGGUGGUGCAGGUGAUAUUCCUGACGAACGCGUGGACGGCAAGCUCGUUGGUGUAAAACUAGCGGCAAAGACCGGUUUUAAUACACUACGUAAAACAGGCUCUGUGUUGGAUGCCGUAGAAGAAGCUGUACGAAGUAUGGAAUUGGAUCCUUAUUUUAAUGCUGGUUAUGGAUCGGUGCUUACGACAAACGCUACCGUUGAAAUGGAAGCAAGCAUUAUGAAUGGAGUGAAUUUAAGAUCUGGGUGUGCUACUCUUGUUAAGGAUAUUAUGCAUCCUAUUACUUUGGCAAGAAGAGUAAUGAAUACUCCACAUAAUUUUUUAGCUGGAGAUGGCAUAAUGGAAUUAGCAGAGCGAGAGAAAUUUGAGAUUCUCCUUCCAGGGCAAUUAAUCACGGACUACGCGCGAGAAGCUUUGGAAGAGUGGAAGGAAGAUCUGAAAGCAGGUAAAGGACAUUUUGCACGUACGGAAAUUGGUUCGCAAAAUAAAUAUAAGAGAACCGAAACCGAAACAGUUGGUGCUGUGGCCAUUGACUGCCAAGGAAAUAUUGCAGUAGCAACCUCCACUGGAGGCAUUACAGGAAAACUUCCGGGUAGAGUAGGGGACACGCCCCUUAUUGGAGCUGGCACUUACGCAGAUAAUCUCGUAGGAGGUGUCUCAACCACAGGUCAUGGCGAAACUAUUAUAAAAUACUGUUUAGCACAUGCUAUACUUAAAAGAAUUGAUUUUCUCAAAGAGGAUGCUCAAGUUGCAACGGAAAAUGCAUGUGAAGCAAUGACUGAACGGUUGAUUGGAAAAGGUGGGGCCAUAACAAUAGAUUAUAAAGGUCAAGUUGGGGUGUCAUUUACAUCUGAUCGCAUGGCGUGGGCAUAUCUUAAAGGUAAUAGCAUUCAUUAUGGAAUUGAGAAAAACCAACACCUUCAAGAAAAACUAUAGUUUAAGCGUGAACUUACCUAGAAUCCAAACGGUGGUAUCGAUGUCCGGAUGCCAGUUUGUAUUUUAGAUGCUCUAUUUGCCUUUGAAAAUUGCUAUUCAUUUUCGGUUGUGUUCUGAUAAAACUAAAGGAACAGGAAUGGUUUUGUAUCGUAUCAAUAAACUUUUAUCACAAAAACACUUUUUUUG